AUGCAUAAUCAGCGAUAUUUGCACACAGCAUGUGUAUUAGAAAAUGGAAAGGUGUUAGUUACAGGUGGAUCGGAUGUUGAUGGUUAUGCUAAAAAUGCUACUGAGUUGUACGAUCCAUCAACAGGAACUUGGAGAACGACCGGUAGUAUGAAGUAUGGACGAUAUUAUCAUACAGCAUCCGUAUUAACAAAUGGGAAAGUAUUAGUUACAGGUGGAUUGAAUGGAUCGGAUGUUGAUGCUCCUUCGUUAAAUAGUGCUGAGUUGUACGAUCAAUCCACAGGAACUUGGACAACGACUGGUAGUAUGAAAUAUGGACGAGUUUAUCACACAACAUCUGUAUUAGCAAAUGGAAAAGUAUUAGUUACUGGUGGAGCUGGUGCUUGGCUUGGUUUUAAUAGUACUGAGUUGUAUGAUCCAUCAACAGGAACUUGGACAGCGACUGAUAAUAUGAACCAUGCACGAUAUUUCCGUACAGCAUCCGUAUUAACAAAUGGGAAAGUGUUAGUUGCUGGUGGAUAUGAUAACAAUGGUUUUUCCGUAAAUACUGCUAAGUUGUACGAUCCUUUAAUAGGAACAUGGAUAACUAUAGAAGGUAUGACCAAUUCAAGAUAUUCCCAUACUGCAUCUGUAUUAACGAAUGGAAAAGUUUUAGUUACUGGUGGAUAUUUGCAGGACUAUCUGAACAGUGAUGAUUUGUACGAUCUAUCAACAGGAACUUGGACAACGAUUGGUACUAUGAGUUAUGGACGACAUUUGCACACAGCAUCUGUAUUAAUAGAUGGAAAGGUGUUAAUUGCUGGUGGCCUCGGUAAUGGUUAUAUGUAUAGUGCUGAGUUAUAUGAUCCAUCAACAGGAACUUGGACGACGACGGGUAGAAUGAAUGUUGCACGGUCUGAACAUACAGCGUCGUUAUUGACAAAUGGAAAGGUGUUAAUUGCUGGUGGCUUCAGAACUUGGACAACGACGGGUAGAAUGAAUGUUGAACGGUCUAAACACACAGCAUCGUUAUUGACAAAUGGAAAGGUGUUAGUUGCUGGUGGCCGCCGUGGUAUAGCUAGCACUGAGUUGUAUAAUCCGUCAGCAGGAAUUUGGACAACGACUGGUAGUAUGAAUUAUCUACGAUCUGAUCAUACAGCAUCCUUAUUGACAAAUGGAAAAGUAUUAGUUACUGGUGGCCUCGGUUAUGGUUAUAUGUCUAGUGCUGAGUUAUAUGAUCCGUCAAGAGGAACUUGGACAACGACGGGUAGCAUGAAUUAUGUACGAUUUAAACACACAGCAUCCUUGUUAACAAACGGGAAAGUGUUAGUCACAGGUGGAUUGAGCUUCUAUGGUUUUUCUAUAAAUAGUACUGAGUUGUAUGAUCCAUCAACAGGAACUUGGAACAGGGCUGGUAGCAUGAAUUAUCCACGAUCUGAUCAUACAGCAUCUGUAUUAACAAAUGGGAAAGUGUUAUUUACUGGUGGAUACGAUGACCACGGUUUUUCCGUAAAUAGUACUGAGUUGUAUGAUCCAUUAACAGGAACGUGGACAAUCUCUGGUAGUAUGACGAAUGUAAGAACAUUACACACAGCAUCGGUAUUAGCUAACGAAGCCGUGCUGGUUGCAGGUGGAUAUAGGUAUCUGGUUUUGAGUAGUACUGAAUUAUAUUAGUUAUAUCAGAGAAAUGGACAAAUAAUCUUAUGAUUGGGCUUGUGUGGAACUUUCGCGGAGAAACUUUGAUCGGUAAAGAGAUGUGUAAUGUUUGAAUCACAAUGAAUGAUUUUUCCUUCAUGUUUGUGUGACAUUAUUGCAGAUUCAAAUUAUUCGAUUUAAUUUUUCAAAUAUUUGGCUUUUUCAUGGUUCAGUUUUUUAAGUGUAUUGUAUUGAAUAAAUUUCAUGAUGUAUAAUGCUUGUGAUUUUAUAAAAAUGUUUUAUUGAAUGGGGUUGUAUCGUGAAUAAGAAAAACUUCCAUGCCCUAUAAACAAACAAUGACUGCCACCAAGACUCGCUUGACCCUCAACUGCAGAUGAUUAUCACAUUUCAUUAGUCUCUGAAUCCCGAUUCGAAAUGUGAUGCAGAACACACACGUUCAUUCGGAAGAGGGGCAUUCAUUUUACAAUAACUUUGUUAUAAUAAAUUGAAAAAAUCUGAACCAUAGGGUUUUAUGUGUCGAGUCAGGGUGUGGGUGUGGGUGUGGGUGUUCAUCUUCUCUCAACUAACACCCACACCCACACCUCACAGCUACAGCUACAGCCCCACCCACCCCACCGACCCCACACCUUUGUGUAGUUGUCGACAUUAUCAUGAAAGCAGAACAUCGCUUUUAGAAUAUAAUUGGCACGUGAGAAGUUACUGGAGAGAUUGUAGUUUUGUCUAUCAUUCGGGUAUUUCCAUGGGUAUUCAACCACAAAAAACACAAAGAUCUCAGA